AUGUCUUUGAUACACCUGUUUUUGCUCGCGGGUUUGGUGAGCCUCGAAGCUGCGGCGUCGUUUUCACCGGGAUCGCGCUCGAUUCUCCGGGAUAUCGGCAAUGACAUCUCCGAUCAGAAAGAUUACGCGGUCGAAUUGAACUCUACCAACUUUGAUUCAGUUUUCCAAAAUACCCCCGCCAAAUAUGCCAUUCUCGAGUUCUUCGCUCACUGGUGUCCUGCAUGCAGAAACUACAAGCCGCAUUAUGAAAAAGUGGCAAGGCUUUUCAAUGGAGCAGACGCAAUACAUCCUGGCCUCGUUUUGAUGACCAGAGUUGAUUGUGCAGCAAAGAUGAAUGUGAAGCUCUGUGACAAGUUCUCCAUCAAUCAUUAUCCGAUGCUCUUUUGGGGACCUCCCAGGAAGUUCGUUGGUGGCAGCUGGGAUCCUAAACAAGAGAAGAGUGAGAUCAGCGUAGUCGAGGAAUGGCGCACUGCUGAUCUUUUGCUGAGCUGGAUCAACAAGCAGAUAGGCAGCUCUUACGGCUUGGAUGAUCAGAAAUUUGGAAAUAAGCAUCUCCUGCCAAAUAUAUCUGACCACGAACAGAUUUCUCAGGCCAUAUAUGACAUUGAGGAGGCAACUGAAGAAGCGUUUGACCAUAUUUUGGCACUUAAGGCAAUCAAGUCAGCUGAAACCAGCACUUCCUUUAUUAGAUUUCUGCAGCUUUUAGUGGCACAUCAUCCCUCAAAAAGGUGCCGUAAGGGAAGUGCUGAUAUUCUUAUGAAUUUUGAUGAGUUAUGCCCGUCGGGCCAAUGCUCUUAUGAUCAAGAAUCUGGAGCGAAAGAUUCUCUACGGAACUAUCAUAUCUGUGGAAAGGAUGUUCCUCGUGGAUAUUACAUGUUUUGCCGUGGCAGCAAGAAUGAAACUAGGGGCUUCAGCUGCGGAUUAUGGGUGUUGAUGCAUUCACUCUCUGUGAGGAUUGAGGAUGGAGAAAGUCAGUUUGCAUUCACGACCAUUUGUGAUUUCAUCAACAACUUCUUCAUGUGUGAUGACUGCCGCCGGCAUUUUCAUGACAUGUGCUUAAGCGUCAAAACUCCAUUCAAAAAGGCACGAGACAUCGUCCUGUGGCUAUGGAGCACACACAACAAGGUCAACGAAAGACUCAAGAAAGACGAGGCUUCUCUAGGAACAGGAGACCCCAAGUUCCCUAAGAUGAUAUGGCCACCGAAGCAGCUUUGUCCGUCGUGUUACCUUUCGAGCACAGAGAAAACCAUCGACUGGGAUCACGACGAAGUCUACAAGUUCUUGAAGAAGUACUACGGAGAGAAACUGGUGUCCUCUUACAAGAAGAGUGGUGUCAGUGUGAGCAAGGAAGAGGUGGUUGCAGCUGCAGAGGAAACGGCAGUGCGUAGCAAUGCUCUGGUUGUGCCGGUUGGAGCUGCAUUGGCUAUUGCGCUAGCGAGCUGCGCGUUUGGAGCGCUCGCGUGUUACUGGAGGACGCAGCAGAAGAACCGGAAGUAUUACCACAAUCCGCACUAUCUAAAGAGAUAUAAUAGUAACUAUAUGGUUAUGAACACUUUCAGUAACAGUGACAACGAAAGGAUAAAGGAGAGAUGA